UUACUAAUCCCUCAAACAACUGUGCUUUCUCUCGUUUACUCUUUGCAGUCUUGCCUCGACUUCUUCACCUUCUUGCCCGUCUUUCUCUCAUUCUGAGCUUCCAUAUCAUCCCUAUACCUUCCUCUCUUAUACACCCACCAAUUUUACCAAUUACCACAGGAUAAUUUUUUUUUCCCACCCUAAACUUUGUUUCCCUGAAAGAAGGGUCGCGUCUGUAUCCAAUCUAACUAAUACCCACAACAAAAUCAUCUUCUCCGCACCUUAGGUUUUUCUCUGUAGGGUUGCCGCGGUUGCAUCCUUUAUCCUUCUUUUCACUGAUAAAUACUGCUUGAUUUUUCUCUGUAGGGUCUUCUUAUCUAACUCGCUUUUAUUCUAUUUAUCGACAUAUGUAUCAGAAUUGUAUAUUUUGAAAGCACCGUUUAAAAAUUAAAUUAGGUUAAAAAAGAAGAAUCUUUGGAACCGUUCAAUCGAAUUCCCCCAAAGUUAUGGUGUCUUCGAUCAUAUGCCACGUGGGACCCAGUGAAGCAGAGACGAAUCAUACCCCAUUCUACUCUCGAAAGAGAUUAAAGCCUUCGGAUUCACAGGGUUCUAUUGAGGAUGAAAAUCCCGCUGAUGUACUGUCUACAAUGGAGUUCACUAUUGGUUGCUUGAAAAAUCUUGGUUCACCAUUAUGUGUGGAAAUGAGUUGCCAGUCUAAUGGGGAGAUUGAGAAUGUUUCAUCGCCUCGUGAUGUCGGUGGCAGUUCAGUGGGUGACAAGAUCAGUAUAGUGUACCCUCAACCUCCACUUGCAACCGGAUGGAUGUAUGUCAAUCAACAGGGUCAAAUGUGUGGUCCUUACAUUAAAGAACAAUUAUAUGAGGGUCUAUCUACUGGUUUCUUGCCUGAAGAACUUCUGGUUUAUCCCAUCUUAAACGGGACUAUUUCAAAUGCAGUGCCCUUAAAGUAUUUCAAUCAAUUUCCUGACCAUGUUGCAACUGGCUUUGCUUAUUUAACUGUUUCGUCCGGACCGAUGAAUAAGUUCUCCGGAGUUGCCAAAGACUUAGGAGGAAAUGGGGUGGAGUUGCCAACAACUUCCCCUUACUCUGACUCAGAGGCUAAACAUGGAACUCAUUCCUUGAACCAGCAUAUCUCGACCACUGGCUUUGUGGGAACAGUUGCUCCCUCUAUGUCUAUGGUACUUUCUCUUUUUUGUUCUGAGGACUACGAGGAAUCGUGUUGGCUGUUUGAGGAUCAUGAUGGGAGGAAACAUGGGCCGCACUCUCUUGUAGAGCUUUAUUCAUGGUAUCAUUAUGGUUACAUUCUGGAUUCAGUGACGAUACAUCAUGCUGAUAGUAAGUUCAGACCCUUUACUCUGAAAUCUUUAAUAAGUAGUUGGACUACGGCUACCCCUGGAGCUCUUAUGUCUAAUUCCAAUGGGCAUGAGACUGCCUUUCUACCAGAUUUUGUAUCUGAGAUUUCUCAUGAAGUAUGCUCACAGCUUCAUAUGGUGAUCAUGAAAGCAGCUCGUAGGACUCUGCUUGAUGAGAUUGUUAGUCAUGCAAUUUCAGAGUGCAUCUCUAAAAAGAAAGAUCGCAAGAAAGUCACUAAUCAGUCUGUCAAAAUGUCCUCCCCUAGUACCAGAAUGUCUGCAGGUUUUAGUGGCAGUAAGGCCUUAGUUGCUCCUGAGAGCAGUACAAAAGCUCCUAAUCUUCUUGACCAGAAAUCUCCUACUGCUGAAAUUUCUUUGCAGUCUUCAGGAAGUUCAAAAUCUGUCGGAAGCUUUGAGAACUUUUGUGAUUCUUAUACAGUUGUUUGCAGAACGUUAUUUGACUCUUCCAUGCAAAGCAUCUGGAAUGCAGUCUUCUGUGACCAUGUCUCAGAGUUUGCAUCUGCGUGGAGGAAGAAAAAGCGAUGGUCACCUCCUUGUCCUAUGGUUGAAUCAAAAAUUCUAGCAAAGUCGUACACCAAUUGCACCACAAAGCUCUCUACUAAAGUUUUGCAAGUGGAGGAAGAAUCUUUUGGCUGUGAUCUUUAUUUACCUCCAGGGUUUGAGGAGAAGAUUGUGACAGUGGAUUUGCCUUCAGUGUUUUCAUCAAAAGAUUGCACCACAAAGCUCUCCACUGAAGUCUUGCAAGUGGAUCAAGAAUCUUUCGGCUGUGAUAUUGAUCUCCCUCCAGGGUUUGAGACAAAGAAUGUGACAGUGAAUUUGCCUUCAGUUUCGUCAUCAAAAGAUUGCACCGCAAAGCUCUCUACUGAAAGCUUGCAAGUGGAGCAAGAAUCUUUCGACUUUGAUCUUGAUUCCCCCCCAGGGUUUGAGACAAAGAAAGUGACAGUGGAGUUGUCUUCAGUUUCUUCAUCUUUUAAUGAUGAAAAGGGGUUGUCCAAAUCCAGUCAUGCUAUGGACUCUGAAGCUAAUGACCGUAUGCAACUUAUCCUUGAGAGUGUAUUGGAAGAACUCCACCUGUCUGCUAAGAUGUCAUUGGAAGAAUACUUUACCAGCCUUUUGCAUGAAGAGGUGACGGGAAAAGUUUCCCUUGAAGAUGGCAUGAUAAUCAAGGUUGCUGAGGACUCGAAUAUCUGUCUUGGUGUUGCAAGUGAAAAUGAUUCUUCUGAUGCCAUUUCGGUUUCAAAAAACUUAUCAUGUAUAGAUAUUCAGAACACUUCACCGCUCGAAAAAUCAUUGCACCAGAACUCUAUUGAUACAUACAUGAUUCCUUCAUCUUAUUGUCUUUCAAGUGCAUUUCAGAAGUCUGCUUGUUUAGACAAUGCCACCAUAGAUGAAAUGACUGACGAGCUGCAACCACCUCAAUGUGAAGCUGUUCCUGUGCAAACUUCUAAAGUUCGGCUUGCUAGGUCUGAUGAUCAUAUUCUGAGGAUAGUAUGGUAUGCUAUCCUGUCAAAUUGCCGGCAGAAGUUACACGAGAAAGCACUGGGAGAGUUGAAAUUUUUUCUUCUUGACGACGUUAGAAAAUUUUUGACGACUUGGUGUUCUGCGAAGAGACGUGGUAAACCAGAGGAUUCUGAGGUUACAAGAAGCAAAGCAUAUAACGAGAAACGUGAUAACUCUCCAGUUGCAUUGAGCAAAAGCGUGGAUGAUUUUCCUAAGGCACCUACAGUAGCAGGGAAAUACACAUACUACCGGAAGAAAAAGUUGGUCAAAAGAAUGUCAGGUUCUUCACUGCAGCCUCUCCCUGAUAGAGACGUUGGCUUUCAAAAGAGAUCUUCUUCCAAGUCAAGGAAACAAGAUCUCUUGGGGGAGGCAACAGAGAGCACUAAAGGUGUCAAUGCAGCUUCAAGUGUUAAGGAAAUUGGGCUGAAAGAAUGUCGCGGAGAGUUGUUCACUAAUGCUUCUUCAGUUACUCCUCCAUCAUCGCUUAUUAAUUGCAACACCAUCUCAGAGAAGGUUGCCUCUGUUUCCCGAGCAGAGAGAAGUAAUGCAAGCCGCAAUAAACUGAAGGCUACUUUUGUCGUUGAGGACUCCAGUAAUAAUGGAAAGGUUGAUGGAGACGUUGGCUUCAAAAAGAGAUCUUCUAACAAGUCAAGGAAACAAGAUCUCUUGGGGGAGGCAACAGAGAGAUCUAAAGGUGACAAUGCAGCUUCAAGUGUUAAGGAAAUUCGGCUGAAAGAAUGUCGCAGAGAGUUGUUCACUGAUGCUUCUUUAGUUGUUCCUCCAUCACUAGUUAUUAAUUGUAACACCAUCUCAGAGAAGGUUGCAUCUGUCUCCCGAGCGGGGAGAAGUAAUGCAACCCGCAAGAAACUGAAGUCUACUUUUGUUGCUGAGGAUUCCGGUGAUAUUGGGAAAGUUGAUGGAGACGUUGGCUUCAAAAAGAGAUCUUCUAACAAGUCAAGGAAACAAAAUCUCUUGGGGGAGGCAACUGAGAGCACUAAAGGUGACAAUGCAACUUCAAGUGUGAAGAAAAUUGGGCUGAAAGAUUGUCACAGAGAGUUGUUCACUAAUGCUUCUUUAGUUGUUCCUCCAUCAGUGGUUAUUAAUUGUAACACUAUCUCAGAGAAAGUUGCAUCUUUCUCCAAAGUGGGGAGAAGUAAUGCAAGCUGCAAAAAACUCAAGGUUACUUUUGACUCUGAGGGCUCCAGUGACAAUGGAAAGGUAGCUGAGGUUGUGAACAGCGAAUUGGGCACACUUGAAAUGGAACCUUCUGCUUGUUUGAAAAAGACUCCUCAAUUGGCCAAAUUACCGAAGUUGAAUAAGAGAAAACUCGAGAAUAAUAUGUCAGCAUCUCGUUCAAGAAAAAUUCAGAGAGUAUCAAGUGGUGCUGGCAGCCAAGCAGCAACGAAGGAGGUUGUUGUAGAGAAGAAACAGAAGGGUAAAUCCCGGACAGCAAAGCAUUGUCCACAAUCAGAUGGCUGUGCUCGAUCUUCCAUCAAUGGUUGGGAAUGGCAUAAAUGGUCGUUGAGGGCAACUCCUACUGAAAGGGUUCGUGUUAGGGGAAUUACUAUUGAUCAUAUUCAAUCUGUCAGUUCAGAUGCUAAUGGUUCUCAAGUGUUGAAUGCUAAGGGAAUUUCUGCAAGAACAAACAGGGUUAAGUUGCGCAACCUCCUUGCUGCUGCCGAUGGUGCAGAUCUCUUGAAAGCUACUCAGUUGAAGGCGAGGAAGAAGCGCCUACGCUUCCAACGAAGUAAGAUACAUGACUGGGGUCUUCUUGCCCUUGAGCCGAUUGAGGCUGAAGACUUUGUCAUUGAAUAUGUUGGGGAGCUUAUACGUCGGCGUGUAUCCGACAUACGAGAGCACUAUUAUGAGAAGAUUGGAAUUGGGAGCAGUUACCUUUUCAGACUGGACGAUGAUUAUGUGGUUGAUGCAACAAAACGUGGUGGUAUAGCCAGAUUCAUAAACCAUUCUUGUGAGCCGAAUUGCUAUACAAAAGUUAUAAGUGUUGAGGGUCAGAAAAAGAUCUUCAUAUAUGCUAAGCGGCAUAUUGCAGCUGGUGAAGAGAUUACUUACAAUUACAAAUUUCCUUUGGAGGAAAAGAAGAUCCCCUGCAACUGUGGUUCCAAGAGGUGUCGUGGCUCAAUGAAUUGAAAUGGAAAGGAGAUGCCAGAUCUGAUGUGUUCUGCUGCUGUAUUUAGGGUCCUUUCUUGACUGAUGGUUUCCAAGAACACUCGCUCUGCAGUUUUGCAGACAGAUAUUGUCAUCAUGUACAUAUAGGUUUGCCCUUGCAACUCUUAGUCGGGCGAUACAAGAUGCAUACUCGUACUUCGGGGUUUACACAUUCUUGUAAAAGGACGAUGAGUGUGUGCCCCUUGCAUAUAUUCUUGUAGAUAUCACAGUUGCAGAUGAGUUCCUCCUCUUAAGAAUUCAAAAUCGGUUGUGCUUUAUUAUGCAAUUUCAAGGCAAUAUUUUGGAAUUAUAUAUCUUGUACAGACAUACAUUAUAAGUAUACUUCACAUUUUAAGUAUGAUAAUAUAUCAUAUUCAGCUUCACAGAAUUCAGAGCACUUUUUGGUUUUUUUGGUUGUUAUGUUUGAGAUAUCUUGUCAAUUAAAGUUGUGUGAGAAUUCAGUAAUGCUUUUAACGGUUAUUGAUGGCUCUACUUAUUUUCUUCAAGCUUACAUCAAAGAGUCAAUAUGCUGUGUUUUUUGUGAAUUUAAGUCUCCAUAAUCUUUGCAGAGAUACAAAUGCUAUAAUGUGGUAACAUAAUAAGAGAGUAUGCUCAAAAUUCUAGUAUGCCUUAAUGUUUUUGAGCUUGAAACUUAGCAAUCAUGCGCAAAUUCAAGUUGCUAAAUCUAAAUAGCAUCCCUAACUUUUUCUUAGAGUUAAAACCAUUUUCUAGUCUUGGGCUAACAAUUCCUUAGACUGCAACGGCAAAGGUCCAAGUGUGGUUAUUGUCAAGUUACUUGCAAUUUAACAAAGACAACAUUUUUUAAAGGUUCAGUGAAGUGGACGCAGAUGUUGUAAAGGAUAUUGUUUUAUUGUUGUUCUUGCCUUAGACAUGAGUCAUGACGUGAUACCAAUCCUAAUUAUUAAUGACGCAGGAACAAUCAGGUAUUGCAUGCCCAUUCAAUAUUUUGCUUAGAUGAUGAUGAUGUGGGUUGACAUCUAUCUGGUCUUUUGCGCUUUUCACUUUAAAAAGCACGAGGAGUGAACAUGAAAAGUCGAACCAUUUCUUGGAGCUAAGGGUGUAUAGACAGGUCUAUUUUGAGGCUCCACGGGUGGGUAGAUAGGAUCUAUUUUGUGACAGGCAAUUUGGUCGAUGUUUGGAUUGUAUGUAAGCUGGAACAAAACCAAUUGUUGGUUUACUUCUUUUUUAACAUUCAUAUUUUGGUCAACCCGUAACACGGGAGUUGAAUUAAAUAAUAAUGAUGAUGAUUGUGAGCACAGAUCUUGAGAACCACUUCUGGAUGAACUUUAGGUUAUAGUU